AUGGGACAAUUAACACGGAUGCCAGUUGAACAAAGACACCCAAUACUACUUAAAGGAUCUCAUUAUUUUGUGCACUUGUUGAUUAGACACACGCACAUUCGUCUGGGUCAUUUGGGUGUUCGUGUAGUUCUUUCAGAAUUACGCUCCGAGUUUUGGAUACUCCGUGGUCGUCAAGCCAUCAAGCGAGUGAUUAAAACCUGUUUACCGUACAAACUGUCUCAUGCUUUAAGUUCUAAUGAAAUAGAAGCCCCUCUUCCAGCUGACAGACUUACUCCUUGUAUACCUUUCGAUACUACUGGAAUAGACCUUGCAGGCCCAGUUUAUAUUAAGACCUUUAAACCGUCAAAUACAGCUUACAUCACACUAUUUACAUGUUCUACUACUAGAGCCUUGCAUAUCGAACUUGUUUCUGACCUUUCUGUAGACAAGUUUCUUUUGGCCUUGCAACGAUUUGUCAGUAGAAGAGGACUUCCACAUACUAUAACAGUGACAACGCCACUACCUUCCAUGCCACAAACAAAGAACUCAUUUUCCUUUGGAAUACAUUGA